UCGGAUUGUUCGGCGUUAGAACUGAGUUAGACUUAGAAGCCGUCGGCGAGGCUAAUGAAGUCAGACGUACACAAUGUGAGUGCGGGUGAAAAUCGGGCCCGUUUUAGACUUUCAGUUGAAUCGACGUGCAUCUGUAGAUUUUGAGAAGGCGAUCCGAGGCAGGGCCGUCGAUCCGCUCGUAGAAAAAAUAAAUAAAUUAAAAAAAAGGGUUGUGGACGGUCCAUCCGCCGGUUGUCUUCCGGGAUCGGCACGUCCGGGACUCGUCCCGUUUCUCCGCGAAUGGGCGGAAAUGAGAGAUAAAUAAAGUGAAAUGGCCAGCGCGGAUGGCGAGGGCGAGGGGAUCAACUGGGUCGACUUCUGCGAGAAGCACGCCAAAGCGGCGGCGGCGGAGUUCGCCAAGUCGCUCUUCUCAUACGUCGAGUCCCACAACCCCGAUUCGACGACGGUCGAGCACAAGGAAUUCUUGACCAAGUUCGUGGACAGCUUCGUCGAGAACUUCGAACGGGAGUUGGCGAGGGAACAGGAAAAGCGGCCGGUGGCGAACGGGAGCGCGGGCGGCUCGUCGGGCGUCAACGGCUACCACGAGAGCCACAACGACGAGAACAGCGACUACUUCGAACAAGCGCCCGAGCACAAGUCCCCGAAGCCCUUCCACCGUCCCUUCUUCAGGAGGCUCUCCUUCAAAGCGCUCAAGAAGGGCAAGGGCUUCUUCUACAGACAGGUCUCCGACGAGAACGACCCAAACGCGUCCAAGGGCGCAAAGACUGAAAAGACUUCCAAGACUAAACUCGCCAAGAUCGUCGUGGAGUGCCGGAAGGAGGGCAACGUCAACUAUCUCAUUGGAGAGAAUCCUGACGGUACACAGAAGUGGGAAAAAUGCCGGUUGGCCCUUGUCAAGACGGUCGGAGGUUACAUGCUCGAGUUCUACUCACCGCCCAAGAGCACGAAACCGAAAAGUGGCCUAUUUUGUUUUCUCAUCACCGAAGCAAGAGAGACGACUGCCCUCGAAAUGCCUGACCAUGAAAACACUUUUGUCCUCAAAGCCGAUAACAACAUGGAAUAUGUGAUAGAAGCGCAUGACAUAGAUGAUAUGAGGUCGUGGCUGGCGACGGUCAAGUACUGCACUAGGAACACCAACGAUGAGGCCGGUGAGACGCAAAGCCUCAUUGGUUCAGCGUCCGAAGGGAGAAUCCCAAAACCCCACUGUUCUGGCGAUACCGAUGAUCCACCCGAGUUACCACCGCGCCUCCAAGAAGGGGCUUCCAACAGCAACUUUGAACUGUGUUCUUACAACGCCGAAGAAACUCAGGAGACUGAGGUAGACUUGUCCGUCGUCUUGCAAGAGUAUCCUUGGUUCCACGGUACUCUGCCUCGUGCUGAAGCGGCAUCGUUGGUGCUUCACACGGGCUCUUCCGGGCACGGUGUCUUCCUCGUCAGACAGAGCGAGACGAGAAAAGGAGAGUUUGUUCUCACUUUUAACUUUCACGGGAGAGCUAAACACUUACGUAUGACCAUCAACGAUACGAGUCAGUGUCGAGUACAGCACCUGUGGUUCGCUUCGAUCUUUGACAUGCUUGAGCAUUUUCGACAGCACCCGAUACCUCUGGAAUCUGGAGGCACUGCCGAUGUCACCCUCACCCACUACGUCGUAGCCACAGUCCAGAGCCAUGCGCACAAUUCGAGGCAGCAUGCAGGCACACAUCCGGAUCGCCGGGCCCCUCCGACUCCUGAGCAGAGGGAGAUAUUCAUUCACGGAGGGUCCAUCAGAACGAGGACUGAAUCUAUGGAGAGAGUGCAAGAGACAGGCUCGGGAGGAUCUGUCGCUUCCGUAGUCGGUGGACGUGCCAUUGAAAAUGCUUAUAGUUUUGUGUAAAUAGUUUCUAGAAAGAAAAAUAUUAUAGUUUUUAAAUAUUGGCCAAUACUUUUUUUUAUUACAGUUGUUCAAAAUGAAAAAGAGAAAUUUGUUCGGGAGCUAUUUGUAUUUUUUAAUGUAUAAUUUUGAUGCUCAUUCUUUUAGUUCCUGAAGUGACAUUGUCCUAAUUACAAAUCUUAGCUCAAUUGUCAUUCACUCUUAAUUAAGGGACUGAAAUGUGUAGUUAGUAGUCAAUCAAAUAGAACAAAUUGUAAGAUUCAUAUUGAAUUUUAUUUUAUAAAUUUUUGUUUUUUGGCCUAUGCCAAAUCAGACUUUGAUGGAUUUCCUUAUUAAAUGGAAUAGCUUUGAAAAAUGAAAAUUUUUUUUUAACAAAAAGAAACUUUCACUGGCACAAAUGACUGAAUUUUUGACUUAGAUUUAAACAAGAAAAUCCGUCAAUUCUGUCUACCAAAAGCAAAAAGAUUAGAUCUUUGCAAUGUCCAAUUAAUCAAUAAUUUUACAAAUAUAUUUUUUUUUAGAUGAUAAGAUUGACAUUUAAACUGCUUAAAGGUGUAUGUACGAACGUGUUCAAAACAAUUGCAAUCGUCAUAAAAUGAUCACCAUGAUGGCCUAUAAAUUGAAUGAUUUAUUUUUUAUUUAAUGUUUAAUUUAAUUGCUCCCUGACAAAUUUGAUAGUAAACUUGUUUUGGACAUUGUUGUAAUAUACACAUAUAUUAUUAUUAUUUUUCUUCUAGAGGACAUUAUGUCACAUUCGUUGUGAGAGUUAGAAUGUUAUUUUUAACCGAAAGCUAGUCAGUAUAUUAUAAGUUGCCAUCUAGUGUUAUAUUUUUGUUUCUUUUUAAUGAAAGUUUAAAUUGCGAUUUGAGGUGUGCAAUAACAUUGUAUGUGCUUUUCAGUUGACAAUUGCUGAAAAUCACUCGAAAAUUAAUCAAUUCACAUACUACAAAAUCAGUGUUGUGUCAAAUUAAUCCUUUGGAUGUUUUCUUCCUUUUAAAAUGUUCAAUAAAAUAUAAUCUGUGUAACUAUGAAAAUUAAAACUAAACGGAAAAAAAAAUAUAAAUAAUGUUUCGUGUCCAGGUUGUAUUGUUUAUCUAGUAUUUUGUGUAACAGUCGUACAAAUUAAAACCAUAUUAGUCAUUUAAAUCGAUGUUAAUCCUGUUUUCCCAGGGUUUACCGCCCCGAUUUGUUAGGCUUGAACAUUAUUAUAAAAAAUGCCUAUAGUUUAUUUUAUUAGCAAUAUUGUAAACUUGUUAUUUAAUUGUUGUUUUGAAUUUUUGCCCCUUUUUGAAUUUCAAGAAGAGGAUUAUUUGUUAGAAAAUGGUGUAGAAAAUUGUUUAAAGAAAAAAAAAAUUUAUUUUGUUGAAUUCAUAAGUUGCUCCGUUUAUGUUAGUUCUGAGAGCAUACAUAUAUAUAAAUCUUAAAACUUAAAUGCCAAACUGUUAUUAUUUAAAUACUAAAAGAGUUAUAAUUUUCACUUUAUAAAAAUUUUUAUCGAAAAGGCUGGCUUGUAUACUAUAGCGUUGACAAAAUUGAUACGAUCUGUAAUUUCAUACAUAAUUUAAAGCUUUAUUUAAAAUUAUUUAAAAAAAACGGUAAUUCAAAGGUAUUAAUGUAAGCAUUAUUUAUGUAAAAAUAAUGUAGGUUAAAAUGAUUAUAAUAAAAUUUCCCAGUGUAAAAUCGUGUGAUUUAUAUGUAAUGAUCUUAAAUAAAUCAGUUAUAUUGAAACAGAAA